UGAGUGAGCUUCUGUUCCGCGCCACUGCAGUUCCGCGCCACUGUAGCAUCUAAGCAUGAGGAGGAAGCCCGAAAACAAAUUUCUCGCCAUAGCCGCCAGUUUGAUGCUUCUACCUCCGUGGCGCAUGUUACAAGGAGCUCCAACGAGAGCCGUUGUUUUCCCUCGAGUCAUCCAAGAACGAAGUGACAGCGGUGAGCUAAUAGUCUCCAUUAGUUCCGGUCGGACGCUGACUCUAACCAAAGCAUCUGUGCUACGCGAGAGGUUGGAAGUGACAACGUUUGAAAAUGACAAGGAGGUUCUUCACUACAUGAAUGGCUCAAGACUGGAACAAGAGCUCUAUCACGACCCUAAAGCACGUUCUGCUGUCCUCGUGACGAAUAGGCCGAGACUUAGGCUGGUCGGAAUACUCAGUCCGACAGAGCGCAUACAGCCUUCAGUCAUCAACACAUUCGAUGAGGGAGAUGCAGUAAGCCACGAUAUACUGCCUCUUGCUGCAAGCAAUGCUGAUGUCCAUUAUGAAGGCACUAAUCCACCAGUUGACACCUACAUUGACACUUCAAAAGAAUACUUAAACAAAAAGCCCGAAUCGAGGUCGGGAAAUAGCACAUACCCUCUAGAGGUCACCUGUGAAACGUGCAUUGCUGUUGACUCGUCAUUCUGGAACUCCUUCAGCGGAAGAAAGAAUAAACUUGUGCGAUACCUUGCUGUCCUCAUAGCAUUCGCGAACAUGAAGUUCCAGACCUUGCAGGCCAACAUAAUAAAGCUCCAGGUCGUGAUCACGCGAAUUAUCAUUUACUCGAAAGAAAAAGAAACUUUUAUUCAGAAGUGGAACGGUGAUGACAGUACCAUGCUUGACAGCACACUGCACGAAUUCUCUGCCUUCACACGCAACGACAAAUUCAACAACGACGAUAUCAUUGUAUUAUUCACGAGCCGUGACUUGGCUACGAGAUCCACUAAGUCGGCAGAUGCUCGAAGUGCGAUUGUCGGUAUUGCGUCACUCAAAGGGGCGUGCGGGUUGUCCAAGACGGCGAUUGUCGAAGACAUGUCGCUGACCUUCAGCAGCGUUCACACCACUGCGCACGAGAUCGGGCACUUACUGGGUUCAUACCAUGACGGCACACAACUUCCACGAAGACAACAAUAUGAGGCAGACCCCAGCCUGUGCCCUCCACAUGAAAAGCACAUUAUGACACCUGUCCUGGGAAGGGGGAGGCGGUCGACCUUCUCUUAUUGCAGUACUGUCCAAGUUGCGCAGUUCGUUCUGAGCUCACAGGGAAAGUGCCUGGCCAACACUAUGCCAAAAAGAACAAGAAAAGUUACUUAUGGCGACGUUAAUAAGACUCGCCCUUCACUUGAUGAAUUUUGCCAGCGUAACCAUGAGGAUGUCCAAGGCGCCACUUACCAGGAACCUUGGGAAGGCCUCACAGAAUACAAACUUGAGAAGUGCGUGAUUACUUGCAAGGACCCAGCAAACCCAGGAAGGCUAAUGAUCAACGAUGCUCCAGAUGGUAUCGUGUGCGAAAAGGACACACGCAGGAUGUGCAUAAACGGAGAAUGUACCCUUCUCAGGAAUCGACCCAUGUGGACAUUUGAAAGUGACGUGGAGGUAUCUGUCUUGUGAAAUAACUAAAUUGAGGAAAUAGACAUUAUUUCACGCCAUCCACAGCGUCCCGUCCAGAAUUUGACAGGUCAAAUAUAUUCGAUUAAUUUUCUGUCAA